CAGCGGCGAUGAGCGCGAUCUCUCUCCCCCGCCGCCGAUGGACCGCGCUCCCGAAUCCGAGUCCGCAGUCGGCGACGUCACGGGAUGCAACGGCGAGAACGCGACAGCGGUUCCGCAGCCACGCCCGGCGGUGCCCGAUCUGGACGAGAUGCAGCGACAGGCGGCCAAGGAGUGGAUUCGGAAGCGGAUCCUGCGCGAGGAGGAGGAGAAAUGGGUGGCGCUCGAGGUCGAGGUCCGCCGUGAGCUCGUGCAGGAGGGCUUCCCGUUGCUCUCGUCCGGGUUCGUCCAGUCGGCGGCCGCCGCUGCUUGUGCCAAGGGGCCGGUAGUAGCCAGGCCGGCUCCGUUGGGGACGACGACGAUGGCGGCGCAGACAGCGAAAGAAGUCGAGGCCCUGUCGCAAGCAAAUUUAUCGGCAGCUUUAUUGUUGAACCAUAAAAAUACCAAUGUUGCUGUCACAAAUGUGACAAGCAAUAAAAACCUGGACAAAGAAUUGUCAUGCACGGUGUGUGGCAUUACAGUGACCAGUGAGACUGCCAUGCAAGAACACAGGAAAGGAAAGAGCCACAGGAGGAAGGCCGCUAAGCUUGAGCAGCCAAUAACUGAGGCAGCGCAAGCUGAGGAGGAUCUGCCAAAGAAUAUGGGGAUCUUUUCAAAACCAAAUGGGUCGACAGCCUUAUCAGUCAAGCAGAAAAAUCAUGAUAUCAACACCACAUCGACAGUUUUGGCCAUAACAGGCAAGGAAGACUUAAGAUGUACGUUGUGUGGCAUUACGACAACUGAUGAGAAGGGAAUGCAAGAUCAUCUCAAAGGAAAGAUCCAUAGGAAAAAGGCUGCCAUGCUUACCCAGCCAAUGGGCGAGGAGAAUGCGGUCCGCUCAAAAUCAAAUGGGUCAACAGCUCAUUUACCAGCCAAGAGGAAGAGGGAGGAUUCUGAUGUCGUUGCUGCUGCAUCCACACAGCUGCCACCUGCAGCAAGCAACAAAAAGGAGAACUUGGCAUGCACCGUGUGUGGCAUUACAACAAGCGAUGAGAGGGGAAUGCAAGAUCACCUCAAAGGGAAGAUCCACAGGAAAAAGGUGGCCGCCGCCGCCCCACCGCAGCCGUUGCCUGAAGCGGCAGAGCAGGAGCAGCAGCACCAGCGGCCGGAACAGGAAGAUGAUGCCUACACGCCGAAGAAGAUCAAGAUGGGGAUCAAGACAGGGAAGGUAUACGAGGUGGUGCAGAUGGAUGGGUUCGUUCUCUGCGAGGUGUGCAACGUGAGGACCGCGGACAUCGUCACGAUGAUGUGCCACCUUGACGGUGGUAAGCACGCCUCCAAAGUCCAGCAGCAGCAGAAGCAAAGCAAAGCCGAGGAGAAAUCUCUGGAGACGGCUACCGAAACUGCUGCUCCUGUUGUCGCUGGUGGAGAUUCAGAAACGGUGGUGACUAUGGAGGCCAAUGGCAUGUCGCACACGGUGCGUCGUCUGGUGGACGGCCACCUGCUGUGCGAGUGCUGCGAGGUGAAGCUGCCGCGGGAGCCGGAGAGCGUCAUGCGGGCUCACUUGGCCGGGAAGAAGCACGCCAAGAAACUCAAGGCCACCGGUGCAGCAGCAGCAGGUGAGAAAGCAGUAACCAAUGAUGUGGAAGUUGCAAACAAGACCCAAAUCCCGGGGACUCAUCCAGGACAUGAGGCGAAGGUGGCGCCUUGUGCCGGUGACUCUGCCGUGACGCCAACGGAAAUCUCCGACGAGAAAUCUCCGGAGACGGCGGUUAGUACCAUGGAUACCGCCGCCGUUGCCAAGAAGCAUGAGGUGGAGGUAGCGCCAAUGGAAAUCGAUGGACAUGCCGCACAGGUCGGAGAUCUUCCUGCACUAGUGGUUGAAGAAGAGAAAGAGGAGGCCAAAAUGAACAGCUCGGCGACGCAAGAACAGCAAGCUGUCGAGACCGAAGAAGGCGAGGUCGCCGCCAUUGUUGGGCAGGAGGUGAAGGUCCAGGUGGAGGGCCAGGAGUGCACCGUGCUGCGGCAAGCGGACGGCACACUCUCCUGUGGGCUGUGCGGCGUGCACGGCCGCGACAAGGACGGCAUGCUGCAGCACCUCUACACGAGGGCACACUGGCACAGGGUCCGUUCUGCUCAGGAGAUCAAGGAGGAUGUGAAGAGCGGCGACAGUGAUGGAAUCCCGGUCUCCGAGUCGACCACUCAGGUAGAGAACUGAUAGACG